ACUGCGCUGGCCCGCGAGACAUUCGGUCAGAUAAUUGACGGCCUGCCUCUCUGCCGCAUAUGGCCAACGAGGCCGCAGGCUGCGUGGGGAGCACCCCAUCCUGCGCCAUGUCACUCUCUGUCCGGGCGUGGAGGAGGCUGUUGUGAAGUUCCGGUCCGACUUUGAGAUGGAAAUGUUGGCAUUCAACCCCGAGCUGCUCUACUCUUUCCAAGCCUCGGCUCCGGGCUCGCGUGCCUUCCACCUACGCCUAAUCGAGCUCGCUGCAGUAGCUGUCCACCAAAUCGCAGUCUUUUUAUACAAGCAGGACACCAGGGUACAUGAUCACCAUACCAACGAUCCUGAUUACACGGUGGAUGGGGCGACGUCGUGGGAUUGGGAACCCCCUCAGCAAAGCGGCGGCUAUUAUCCCUUACUAGUUCCGCCGCCGCCCUGGAAAACCCUCUUCUCGCACCCGUACUACGUGGCUCAUAACCAGUACCCCGAUGGCCUUGCCGAUGUUGUCGGUUACUGGGCCGAGGACCGAAUCUUCGGCGGCGUCGUGCUCUUCGAUCGGUCACAGACGUGGCGACGCUGCGACGGCGAGGGGCCGGGGGCUUCCGAGCCCAACUUUUACAUGCACUCAGCCCGCGACGAUGUCACCUUUCGCCUGUGGCAGGUCAAGAACGAGGAGCAGGAAGCCCUGGUUGGCUUUCUUUUGGCACCAACACCGGCACCGGCGGACAAUGGCCCCCUACCAAUCCUCCCAACGAGGAGCCACAGGGUCAGGAUCGACCCGGACCGCGCCAUCGUCGACAGCAAGGUGUACAGGGACGUCUGGGAGCGGCCGGAACCCUUGCAUAACAGAGACCGCGACGACCACCGGCCGCGGAAUCCUGAGGAUUACCCGGAGGAGGAGGAUACGCAAGCUCGGAUUUUUGCGCUUCUUUAUAAUAAGAAACCGGGCUCAGAGUGAGGGUAUAGCAUCAUAAAAUUGGCAGAUAGUUCCUUUGACGU